AAGCAGCAGCAGCCAUGGAUUGGUUCUCGGCGCAGGUGACGUCGUUCGGGCUGGGAGAGCUCCCGGACAUUGCGGGAGCCGUGAACAAGCUGAGCGAAACGGUUAUGAACAUCGAUACGUCGGGAUUCGACGGCGGACUCGGUCUCGACUUCCUCCCUCCUGUAAUCGAAGACAAGCCAGCAGCGAGCUCAUCCUCUCAGUCUCAGACGACCAAGCCCAGAGCAACCACAGAUGGCGCUCGAACAGCUCCCGAGGAGGAGAAGAAGGUGGAGAAGAAGCCGACCAAGAUAGUGAAGCUAGUCAAAGGAAAGCUCACCAAGCCGCAGGAUGAGGCCGAAGCAGCAGCAGCAGCAGCAGCAGCAGCAGCAGCAGCAGCAGGCGGUGAGGCUACCUUAGUGACAUCUGCAGCUGCACCAAUCGUGUCACCGGCCUUGGAUACACCAACUGUGUUAGCAGCAGGAGACGCAGCAACAGUGCCAGCCGCAACACCAGGAGUUGAGUCUCCCUCCCAGAUAGCACCACCAGCAGUGGUAGAAAACCAGGAGGGAUCAAGCGAUGCUGUGAAAGGAGCAAGCGACGCAGUGAAGGUAGAAGAAGACGAGGAGGGAGGAACAGGGUGGGCAAUAGAUGAGCCAGAGUCUGAAUCAGCAGCUGCUACGGUUUCUGCAUCCGCUGCCCCCGAGCCUGUUGCUGCGGCUACGGCAGUUUCUGCCGAAGCUGCUGCCAAACUGGAGGUCGAGGGAGACCCCAAACCUACACCAGGUUUGGCAGAUGGCGGAGCUGUUGCAGGAAUUGGAGGGGAUCAGGCAGAGGAAGGAGAGGGGUGGGCUGAAGUGAUUGAAGAGGAUGAUGUUAUAACGAACGGGGGAGAUGCAGUUUUUCCUGGUACAGAUGCUGGAUCGAAAGAUGUCUAUAAGAAGUCAGAGGAUGCUGCAGGAGAUGACGCUGCUGGCGCUGGUGCUACGGACAGUGCUGCUGUUGAUGCUGGUGCUGGGGCGGAUACUGGGGCAGGUGAGGACGGUUCAUCAGCUGCUGCGGCAGCAGCUAAUGAUUCGGCCACGCCUCUGCCGUUCAGCGGGUUCGAAGCAGCAUCAGAGGCGGUUUUCAGCAUAGACGACGGGGAGGGGGAGGGAGAGGAGGACGGGGAGGGUGCCCCUGCGCCUUCCCCCAUCAAACCCUCCCUGUCUCCACCAGUUAGAUCGCCGAUCAAGUCACCAGUCAGAUCACCAUUCCGUGAUGCUUCUUCUUCUGCAUUCUCUGCGUCUCCCGCAGCAGCUGCCGCCACUGUCCCUCUCGUUCCUGUUGCUGCUAGCCCUAAAGCGGAUGGUGCUCAGGCGGCUUCGGAAAUCGAGCCAGCAGCAGGUGAAGAAGCAGCUGCAGAGAGGGGGCCUGCAGCUGAGAGCGGUUCUGAUGCUUCUGCAGCAGCAGUUUUUUCCAUUGCUGGGGGAGAAGAGGGCUCUGAAGCUGAUGCACAGGCGAGUGAAGAGGGAAGGGUGUCUUUGAAUCAGGAAUCAGGGGCAGAGGAGGAGAAAAUGGCGCAGACCAAGGCGGACGAACUCGCCAAAGCAAUGACAGUUAAUGAUGAGCUCCGGGCCGAACUGGAGGACUGGAAGGUGAAAAAGAACAAUGACGCGGAACUAGAAGCCCUACGGGAGGAGUACCAGCACCGACUUGGGGCAGCUGAAAGAAAGGUGUACGCUCUGACCAAGGAGCGGGACAUGCUGCGGCGGGAGCAGAGCCGCAAGGCUGACACAUCGACGCUUCUGAAGGAGAAGGAUGAGAUUAUUCGUCAGGUCAUGGCAGAAGGCGAGGAACUUUCCAAGAAGCAGGCAGCGCAGGAAGCAGCUAUGAAGAAGCUCCGCACUCAGCUCCGAGAGAUGGAGGAGGAGAGGACCCGGCUACAAAAUCGGCUCCAGGUGGAAGAGGCUCGAGUGGAGAGCAUAAAGAAAGACAAAGCAGCCACCGAAAAGGCCCUUCAGGACGCUGUAGAGCGCAAGCAAGCUGAUCUCGCCGCCCAAAAAGACUUCUACGUUUCUGCCCUUUCAGCUGCCCGGGAGGCGCAGGCAGCAGCAGAGGCGCGGGCGGACAGCGAAGCAAAGGCGGAGGCGGAGAGGAAGUUGAGGGAGGCGGGGGAGAGGGAGAGGGCGCUGGUGAUGACUGUGGAGGAGCUCAGGCAGGCUCUCACGCGCAGCGAGCAGCAGGCAGGGUUCCGCGAGCAGAUGCUCAGAAGGGACCUUGAGGAUAUGGAGAAGCGAUGCCAGGCAGCGGAGGCUCGGCAUGAGGAGCUGGUGGCUCGGAUACCAGAGUCGACCCGCCCGCUGCUGCGGCAGAUAGAGGCGAUGCAGGAGUCUGCUAACACACGCAUGGAGGCUCUUUCGGGGGUGGAGAGGGCGCUGAACGCCAGACUGCAGCGCCCCCUGCUGCGGCAGAUAGAGGUGAUGCAGGAGUUGGCCAACACGCGCAUGGAGGCUCUUCUUGAGGCGAAGGCGGCAGUGGCGGAGGAGAGGGAGCGGGUGACGAGCGAGCGGCUGAACCAGACGCUGUCCCGCCUGGCAGUCAUGGAAGCCCAGCUCUCCUGCCUGCGCGCCGAGCACUCCCAGCUCUCCCGCUCCCUUGAUAAGGAGCGCCAGCGGGCGGCAGAGAACAGGACGGAGUAUCUGAGCGCGCAGGAGGCGAAGGUUGCGGCGGAAGGGAGGGUGAAGGUGGUGGAGGAGGAGAUGAGGGAGGUGAAGGCGCGGUGGCGGAAGGAAGUGCAGGAGGAACGGCAGAGGAGGGAGCUGGUUGAACAGGAGCUGGAGAGUGAGCGGGCAUCCAUGGCUGAGCACGAGAGGAAGAUUCGGGCGGAGGGGCGGGCUGCAGCGGAGAAGGCACUGGUCGCAGCACACGCAGCAGCAGGCUCCUCCUACCCCGAGCUCUCAGUGCGCCAGUCCCUACGUCGAGUUCCCAGCAGCAGCAGCGCCGGAAGCAGCGCCAUCGAGGAGGCAACAGCGUCGGGCAUCCUCGCAGCCUCGCUGCUCCCUGGGGGCUCCUCCUCCCACUCCGACCUUCUCACAGGAGCGAUUAUCGGCGGCACCAGCAGCGGCGGCGGUGGGGGCGGGGGAUUUGGGAUGCUUGGUGCCAGUGCGUCUAUGGGGGCGUUGGGGGGAGGGUUGGGGACGCCUGUGGGAAUGGGGUAUGGAGGGGCGUCGGGUGGAGGUCUGCUGAGGCCGAGUGCUGCGAAUGCUGCGACUGUGGAGCAUUUGGAGUCGCUGCUGAGGCAGAAGGAUGGAGAGAUCGCGAUACACACUGCGAGACUGGCUGCCCUCGAGAGCACCCGCGAUUCUUUAGCUGAGGAGCUCGUGAAGACAACCACCCAGUGUGAGAGCCUGCGCAGCGAGGUGACUCAGCUGCCGGGACUCAAGGCUGAGCUGGAGGCGAUAAGGAGGCGGCAUGCCUCUGCACUUGAGCUGAUGGGGGAGAGAGACGAGCAGGUGGAAGAGUUGAGGGCAGACCUUAUGGAUGUGAAGCAGAUGUACCGCGAACAGAUUGACAUGCUGGUGGAUCAGAUUCAAAAGCUUGGGAAGGAGAUGCAUGGGGGCACCUAA